UUAAAAUGCCAAUUACAAAAAGAAAGAAGACUUAAGUGCUAACAAAAACUAAAAAGAAAACUCCAGAAAAGAAAGAAUUACUUGUUAAGAAACUAAAAUAAAGCCUUAAAAAAUACUAAAGAGCAAUUGUAUUUCAAUACAAAAAUCUGUCCACAAAUCCUUUAAAAGAGAUUUAAUAAGCAUGGAAGGCUGAUUCAAAACUUUUUAUUGGCAAAAACAAAGUUAUGUAAGUUGGCUUAGGCAAAAAUGAAGAAUAAAGUGCUACCAAAAAUUCCUACCUUCUCUCUCCAGUAAUUAAAAUUUUAUAUUCUCAGUUUCUAAAAGGUGAAACAGGACUUCUUUUAACAAAUAAAACUCUUCAAGAGAUCUAAGAGUACUGUGAUACAUACAAAAUUCCUGAAUUUGCAAGAGCUGGCCAUAUAUCUGAUUAAACUAUAGUCUUAAAAGAAGGAAUAGACACCUUAAAAAAUUUUGCUCAUUCUAUUGAACCAUAUUUAAGAAAAUUAGGACUAAAUACUUAAUUAAUAAAUUAGCAAAUAGUAUUAAAUGAAAAAUUUAUUAUUGCUCAAGAAGGUAAACCUUUAACUGUUGAAUAAUCUAAGUUGUUGGUAUUUAUAAUUAAAUAAAUUUAGCGAUUAAUGAAUUAAAAAUUAGCCUAUCUUGAAAUCGUCCCACUUUGUGUUUUAGAAAAGAAUGGAACAUUCAAAAAAUUGUGAAUAUUAUUCAAUAUAAUUCUUCACGAAUAAUUGGC